AUGCAGAAGUGCGCUUUCCCUACAAUAGCCUUCAUAAUGUCAACAAGAUACGAUAGCACCAAGAAUGCUAUUAACUGGUUUAACUUUGACGCUGACGAACAAGGGAUCAUCUUGGAGAACUUCCACAUGUACAGAUUCUUCUGCUGUACCCUGCACGAGAUGGGCGAAUUUAUAUCCAGAUACUCAUUGGAUUACAUAGAGAUAACCUUUGUAUGCGCUAUCAAUCUUUACAGUAAAGGAAACAAGCUGGAGUUGAAAGAGAUGAUGAUGGAAGCACUGAGGCACUACAUUAUGAGUUUGUUCAUUUAUUUGUUUGUAUAUUUCCGUCUGCAAGUUUCUCACAGACUCGAAGUACAACCAACUACCAAUGCCAAAACUUUACCAAGAAAUGUUUCUAGACGUCUGAGAUUCUCCAGACGUCUCGAGUAUGUCUGCAGUAUGUCUGCAAGAGAUCUGAAGUGCAACCAGCCACCAAUGCCAAAGCUCAACCAUGAACUGACUCUAGACGUCUAA